GGGAGCAGUUCACUCAUUGCCUCAACGCGUACCACGCGCGCCGCAACGUCUUCGACCUGGUGCGCACCCUGCGCGUCCUGCUGGACAGCCCGGUCAAGCGGCGUCUGCUGCCCAUGCUGCGACUGGUCAUCCCGCGCUCCGACCAGCUGCUCUUCGACCAGUACACGGCCGAGGGUCUCUACCUGCCAGCCACCACCCCUUAUAGGCAGCCCGCCUGGGCCGCUCCCGACGGCGCAGGGCCCGGGGAGGUGCGGCUCGUGAGCCUGCGGCGCGCCAAGGCCCACGAGGGCUUGGGCUUCAGCAUACGUGGGGGCUCGGAACACGGUGUGGGCAUCUACGUGUCACUAGUGGAGCCGGGCUCCCUGGCAGAGAAGGAAGGAUUGCGGGUCGGGGACCAGAUUCUGCGCGUCAACGACAAAUCUCUAGCCCGGGUGACCCACGCGGAGGCUGUCAAGGCUCUCAAGGGCUCCAAGAAGCUGGUGCUGUCUGUGUACUCAGCCGGGCGUAUCCCUGGGGGCUAUGUCACCAACCACAUCUACACCUGGGUGGACCCGCAGGGCCGCAGCACAUCUCCUCCCUCCAGCCUGCCCCAGCCACAUGGCAGCUCCCUGCGACAACAUGAGAAUGACCGAAGGAGUGCCCUACACCUCCUGCAGGAUGGAGAUGAGAAAAAGGUGAACCUGGUGCUGGGGGACGGCCGGUCCCUGGGCCUCACAAUCCGAGGUGGAGCUGAGUAUGGCCUUGGCAUUUACAUCACUGGCGUGGACCCUGGCUCAGAAGCAGAAAUCAGUGGACUCAAGAAGUAUGUUUUCAUGAGAAAAUUCUGGAAAGGAGCUUCUAAGAUACACCAUCCUGAAUUCCCAGUAGGACAUGUUGGGGACCAGAUUCUGGAGGUGAAUGGGCGGAGCUUUCUCAGCAUCUUGCAUGACGAGGCGGUGAAGCUGCUCAAGUCAUCCCGGCACCUCAUCCUGACGGUGAAGGACGUUGGAAGGCUGCCCCACGCACGUACCACCGUGGACCAGACCAAGUGGAUUGCCAGUUCCCGGAUUGGGGAAAGCACCACCAGCUCAGCAGGGUUUCCAGGGGACCUCAGAGAGGAAGGAACAAAUAAGCCAGGAUUUUACAAGGGCCCGGCUGGCUCCCAGGUGACCCUGAGCAGCCUGGGGAAUCAGACACGUGCACUUCUGGAUGACCAAGCUCGACAUCUGCUGACAGAGCCGGAGCGUGCCUCCAUGAUGUACUACCUGGACCAGUACCGUGGUGGUGCCAUCUCUGUGGAGGCCCUGGUCAUGGCACUGUUUGAAUUGCUCAACACACAUGCCAAGUUCUCUCUCCUGUCUGAGGUGAGGAGCAUCAUCUUGCCCCAAGACCUGGACCGCUUUGACCACCUGGUGCUGAGGCGAGAGAUAGAGUCCAUGAAGGCCCGGCAGCCCCCAGGCCCUGGUGCUGGAGACACCUAUUCCAUCGUGUCCUACAGUGACACUGGCUCAUCCACAGGCAGCCAUGGCACCUCCACAACGGUCAGCUCAGCCAGGAACACGUUAGACCUGGAGGGAAACGGUGAGACCACCGAAGGCAAUGUUAACACCCUGCCGGAUGUGUCUGUGGACGACGUCAAACCCCCCUCAGAAGAUCUGUCUGGCAUCAAGCCACCCCCUCCCCCACCACCAUUGGCUCAAGAUCACGACCACCGACUUGACCAAACACGGAAGCCAGGAAGGGAGGACCCUACACCUGUGUCUUCUGCUGGCCACUCAGGCAUUGUCUUCUCAGCACCACAGAAUCGAAGCCCACCACUGGGCCCUGCACCCACCCCAGGGCCCCCCUCAGCACCGGACUCACCCUCCUCUCCCAUUUAUGCUUCCGUCUCCCAUGCCAACCCCAGGCCUAGGAAGCCGCUGGACACCCACCUGGCCCUGGUUAACCAGCAUCCCAUCGGUCCCUUCCCUCGGGUCCAGUCCCCACCGCACCUGAAGAGCCCUCCUGCAGAGACCCAAGGGGCUGGGGCCUGCCUUCCGUCACCAUCGUCCUCCGAUCACCCUGCCCCUGUGGGCGCAAACCAGCACUUUGUCUUGGUGGAGGUGCACCGUCCGGAUAGCGAGCCUGACGUGAAUGAAGUCCGGGCCCUGCCCCAGACACGCACAGCCUCCACACUCUCUCAGCUCUCGGACAGUGGGCAGACUCUAAGUGAGGACAGUGGUGUGGACGCUGGGGAGACAGAGGCCAGCACUUCGGGCCGAGGCGGACAGGCAGCGUCCACUAGGAGCAAGAGUGGCAAGGAACUGCCCCGGACGGAGAGGACCACAGAGGGCGCCAAUAAACCUCCUGGCCUCCUGGAGCCAACAUCCACUCUAGUCCGUGUAAGGAAAAGUGCAGCCACACUGGGCAUCGCCAUUGAGGGUGGUGCCAACACACGCCAGCCUCUGCCCAGGAUUGUCACAAUUCAGCGAGGAGGUUCUGCCCAUAAUUGUGGGCAGCUAAAGGUGGGCCACGUGAUUCUGGAAGUGAACGGGCUGGCACUUCGGGGUAAGGAGCACAGAGAGGCGGCCCGCAUCAUCGCUGAGGCCUUCAAGACCAAGGAGAGAGACUACAUCGACUUUCUGGUCACUGAGUUCAACGUGAUGCUCUAGGGAUGGAGCCAAGAUCGGGACUGCAGGACAGGGUCACAGGGUCACAGGGUCACAGGCAGACUCUCCAUGUCACCCUGACACACACACCCUGCCUGGUCCCCUGGCCAGAAUCUGUGUGCCAGAAACACAGUAGGAGCUCAAUAAAACUGUUAGGGAAGGAUGGGGGUGCUGCCACCCCUAGAUGCCUAGGUCUUGGUUGUGAUGUCACAGGAGGGCUCACGGACUGCUUCCUGCCGGGGGACCUUCAGUGCCACAGUGAGCCGCCAGCACGCCUGUUCACACCAGUCGCACCCCCUCCUCUUAGCUCAGUGUCCUCAUGGUAUUUAUUUAUCUAUUUCCCUUCCUGUGCUUCCGGGGACCCCAAACCCCACAUUCCCCUUGCACUCCCAGCCUCUCCUAGAGGCCUUGCAGGCGACCAGCAGUGCGGUGUAUUUAUAUACAGAGCUUAUGACUUUAAUUUUUCAAUAAAGAAAUCUGAACAAGG